GUGGAAACUGCUUGUUUCUAAUCGUAUCAUGCAAGUCUUCGAAUUGACUAUUAUUUUUAGUUCGCUACUAUCAAACUAAACAAGUUUUUUUUAUUCUAGUUUUAUGAAAAUGGAUCUUAGUCAUUAUACAGAUGAUCUCUUCAAAGAUUUACCUCGACUAGCUCCUAUUUGGCAUGAGAUUUAUUACCAAAAUAGGUUGAACCUAUUUAAAUCAAAGAAAGGAGAUAAUUUAAUUGAUGUUUCUGGGGCAGGAAUAGAUGUAUCUAUUCAGAAUGGAGAACUUAUUUGCAAUGAAGCUAAGAGUACACAUGAUAAAUGGAAUUUUGCUUCAACUUCUUGUGCAUUGCCUUUUUUACCUAUGAAUAGAGUGAAAGAUACUACAGAUCAAUGUUUAGCACCUAUUAAUGAAGCUAAAGCGAGGUUUAGGAAUUUUGCUUUAUCUCUUCAAAUCUUACGUAACCGUUGUGGUGCAAAAAAAGAGCCUAAAUUCUUCUCAGAAUUUAAUCGCACAUAUAGGAAGUUGAAAGAGAUGAAACGCAAAAACAAAUUUAAAAAAGUUGCAGUUCGUGAUUCAGUGAUGCAUCUUGCUAUGGAUUUUUCUGAAAAGGAUAGACUUCCUGCCCCUGAUGUUAAUGUAUCAUACAUUGGUGGAUCUUUGGCUACUUCAAGUUUGGAAGAUGGUCAUCAUGUUUUGCUUCAUCCAAGAGGAGAGAAGCUUAACAGGCUUGGUAUUACCACAUUAGAUGAAGCUGAUGUACUUAAUAAGCAUUUCCAGGCUGUUUCCUUAGAAGAAAAUUCUCCUAAGCUUCAUCAUGGUUAUAUAUUACAAAUUUCAUGUUCUGUUGAUGGUUAUUGUUUUGUACGUCAAAAAAAGUCUUGUCAUUUUGUAGAUUUUAAUGAUCUUCAUGAUAUUAAAGUUUCAAGAAUUAUUGAGGGACAAAAAUUAGGGAGUAUUUCUUCUAGUCCUUACUGCCCAUCUGAUUUUAUUGUCAUACAUGAGGAAGGAAAUCUAGAGUUUAGAAACACAGAAGAAAAUGAGUGUCAAUGGUCUUUAUACAAGCAUGAAUACCAGUUUCCAUUUGGUAAAAUUAAUUUAGCACAAUGCAGUUUUGGAUCUCACCCUCAGUCAAUUCUGUGUUUAAAUGAACAAUAUUUGUAUUCAUUUGAUAUGCGCUUAGAGAGUAACCAAAGUUCUGUACUACUGUCCUCUGAUUUUGCUUCAUGUUAUGCCCAUGAAAAAUUUAUAAGCUGCAAAAGCUGUGCUGUGAGUCCUUUCCAGCAUGUGAUCUCUACAUAUUACCGUUUAUUUGUUUGUGAUGAGCGCUAUCCAAAACGACCAGUUUUGAUUUAUAACCAUAUGAUGAGGGGUCAUCCUAUGUACUGUGAUUCUGCAAUCGUAAAUAAUGCUCGUGACUCUUCAGAUGUCAUAGUGAUUCUGGGAACUCAAGACUCAAAUGAGCUCAGCUCUUUUGCCAUCAGAGCUCAACAUUCCAUAGUUCAACCCAUUUCACUGUCUCCACCCUUGCAUCUCUCCACUACCACAGAUUGUGCAAAAUCAUUGAAACUCCAUUGUAUUCCUGUUGAUGAUUCCUUAGAACAACGGCUGUCCUAUCCUCUUGUUGGGGUCAGUGUUAUUCCACAUUCGAACUCAGGAUAUUCGGUAUUCCAGAUCAACUCACUUGGUGAUGUAUUUUAUCAAGACUUUAAGAAAGAUGCCUCAGCUGUUGAGAAGAGUCAUCAAGUUAGUAUGGGUUGUGUUUUGACCACUCCGGACAAAAUAUUGCCUCAUUUAUCUCAGUUCAUGCCAGUUUCUGAUGAAGGAAAUGGUCUACCAGAGUAUUCUAAUGAUUUGUCUGAGGAAGUAAAUGUGGAUCUUUCGAAAAUUUUCAGUUCAAUGAAUGAUAUUUCUGCAUUCUGCAAAAUUUGUAAUCCAGAUAAAGAUUCUACCAUAACCAAUGAAGCUGAUAACACAACAAACAUAUGUCAUUCCUGUGGCUAUACUGAAAUUGAAAGUAAAGAUAUAAGUGAAUCAUUUAAUAAUUUGAGUUUGCUUAUUGGACCUACCAAAGAACCAUCAAUAUCUGAAGUUUUUGAUAUCUCUCAAUUUCGUGAAUUUAAUGAUCCAUAUAGUAAGAAAAUUUUAGAUGUUUGGGGUUUAGAAGGAAAUCUUAAUAGCAAUGCUCCGGUAUAUUUGGAUACAAGUUUCGCUACCGCAACAACAUCGUUAUCUGCUUUAUCUCCUUCAACUUCAUUUUCAUCUCUUACACGGACUAACACCCAAGAUACAUCUGUACAAUCCACCUCUGAAGAUGAUGUGACAAAACUAUUUGAUGAUAUGUCAUCUUUGAGUUCGUCAUUUAAUGACUUUUCUUCUCAAGAAUCAUUUGAUGAGUUUGUCCCACCUAGUCAAGAUAUUCGUCCUGUGAUAGGAGAAACUUUACGCAAACCUAAAAAGUCAAGAGCGAGUAGUACAAGAAGCAGUCUUUUAUUCAAUGCUGGAUUUUAGCUCUGUUAUUUUUAUAUAUUUUUCCCUUUCAUAUUUCUAAUUUGUAAAUGUAUUGUGGCUGUUAAAUAUUUUUAUAGCAUGUUUGUUUUUUGCUUAUACAUUGAACAAGUAUCAAAACAAUAUAAAUAUUAGUAAUUUUCUUAUUGCAAAAUACUCAUGUAUUUUAUCUUAAAUCAAAGAAAACAAAGAAUAAGUUAUUCAAGAUACAGCAUCUUAUUUGCUGGUGUAAAUAAUACCGAAAACAGCAGUACUAUUCAGCUUUACAAGGCUGAAUUUUUAUGUUGAAAUGAUAUUUUUUAUUUAAUAUUUCCAAUUUGUAAAUAUGCUGAGAAUAUUAUAAUUUUAUUUUUAUAUAAUUUUUUUGGGGGGUUGCAAGCUAUUAUUAAACGAACAAGUAGUAAGCAAUAUAAAUAUUAGUAUGCUUCUUAUUAUGAAAAUCUUUUUUAUUUUAUCUUAUACCAAAGGAAGAGAGAAUAAAGUAUACAAGAUGCAGCAUUUUGUUUGCUGGUAUAAGUUAUACCAGAAACAGCAGUAUUAUACAACUUUACAAUGUUGGAUUUUUAUAUUGAAGUGAUAUUUUUCUAUUUCCCCAUAUUUCCGAUUUGUAAUUAUAUUAAGAAUAUUAUAACUUUAUUUUUAUAUGUCAUGUUUUUCAUUACGAUCUAUUAUAAAAUGAACAAGUAAUAAACAAUAUAAAUAUUAA